AUGCCACAACGCAAAAUGAAUGACAGAGACAUCAUGAACUAUAAAGUUGGAGACAGACUCAAAAUUGGUGGAUAUUUUUGUACAAUCAAAUUUAUUGGUUACAUUAAGCCGUGGCCUUCAAUUAAGGCUUAUGGCGUAGAAUGGGAUAAUCACAGUCGGGGAAAGCAUUCUGGAACGAUAGAUGGUAUACGCUACUUCGACGUUCACUAUCCUAAUUCAGGAUCAUUUUUGAAAGAAUCCAGGAUUAAAGAUCCCAGUAUACGCAGAAUCAAGUUUUACGAAGCACUGUCAGAAAAGUAUGGAAGUUCAAGUAGCAACAUUAAUAACCUAUCUAUAGGCAAUAAGAAGAUUGAAACUUUGGGCUUUCAUGAACUGGAUGUAAAAAAUAGAAAUUUUAAGAACUUAAAGAAAAUAGUACUACGAGAUUCAGAUAUUGCCUUAAUAUCCCGAAACCAAAAUGAGUUGAAGUGCGUGAUUCAAGAAUGUAUGAAUGUCAGGGAACUUGAUUUAUCGCUAAAUCUUUUCACGAAUAUUGAUUCAUUAUGCCAGUUCAUAGAACCUUUGAAAAGCUUAGAGACCCUCAAUAUAUCACAGAAUAGAUUCUCAGAAGGUUGGCAUGACUUGAAGCAAUAUGAUCUAUCACAUAUCAAAACUUUGUAUGUGUCUUCGUGCGAUUUCAGCUGUGAGGAUGUCGGUAAGCUACUUAGAAUUUUCAAUGCAUUGAAAAGGUUGGAUUUGAGUUAUAACAAGUUGAGUAGUGGAGAAAUCCAAAAUAUAAGGGCAGAAAUACCGCGCACUUUAGAGGAGUUGAAUAUUAGCGGGAAUAAUCUUACAUCGUUUCCACAAUUUCCAGUAUACUUGGAAUUGAAAAAUUUAAACAUCUCCGAUAAUCAAAUCUCUGAGACACCGGAUAUUGUUGUUCAUUCUAUUGAAUCGUUAGAUAUAACAGACAAUAAAUUUAAAAAGAGAAGUGUGAUAGAUGAACUGAAUAUGGCAUUUCCUUCACUGAAAAGUAUUCAUUUGAGUGGCAAUGACUUGCAGUAUAAUGGAGGCGAUCUUGACAUUGAAGAAGAGGCUAUUUUUUACGAAUUACUGGCAAGGUUUGAUCAUGUGGUAGUGUUGAACGGAUCAAUAUGUGAUAAAAAAACAAGAAGAGAAGCUGAAAUGUAUUUUAUCUCCAAAGUUAUGAAUAAUGAACUGAACUAUGAUAUCAGUCUGCCACGUUGGUCAAGCCUUCUUGAGUCGUAUGACAUAGAUACGAGUAAACUAAAUAUGAGUAGAAGCAGAGAAAUGCGUCAAUCUUCUGUUUUGAAAAUAAAGGUUAGGCUUGGUAAUGAACCGUAUAGUGAUUCAGAGUAUUGGAUACUUCCUAGUUUUACAGUACGGUAUGUCAAGAGUAUAAUAUGUCGAAAGCUAAAACUAGACAUACUGAAGGUCAAGCUGUUUCAUGAGAAUUCUAAAGGAAUGCGAAACGAAAUUGAUUAUAAUUUCCGUCUCUUUUCAGACUUUAAUGUGGUGAACGGAGACGUUAUUCAUGUCUACAUCCCUAGCAAAUAG